UCCGUUGAAAUUAACAAUACUAGAGGAAUUUGUGCACAAAAAUUAUUAACAAAUCGAAUAAAAUUAACAAAAUAUAAUGGAUUUUCAAUUUAUAUUGCCAUUAACAAAUGGUGAUUUACUGAAUUCCAGCAGAGACACCUACUAUGUGAAGCAUUUAUACAGCCCGGGUGAAAUACCCGACAAACUAAGAGCCUGCAAGCAAAUGCUGCACCAGGGGGAUCCUUUUUAUUUGUUCGAUCAUUUCGAUACCUAUUAUGCGGUGAUUGAAAAUAAAAACACUGAUUCGGUGGCCAUGACCAAUUUAAUGCGUAGCUUUGAUUUACUGUACAUGACCGUCGAUAAGCUGGGCAACCGGUUGGCACCCUUUUUGGCGGUUAGCGAGCCUCCUACGCAACAAGAACGUAAUGGCUACUUGAAUUUAACCAAAAUGUGUUUAUUUCUAAUUGUUAAUGUGGUGCGUAAGAUUGAUGCCAAUAUUGCUCGCCUGCAGCAGCAACAACAGACCAAUCAACAAAAGAGACGCGGUAAACAUGCUGAUACUGUGGAACAGUAUCCGGACUGGGAGACAAAGAGGGGCAAGUUUCUUGUUCAAUUAUACAAUGUGAUGCAAUUUCCAUUGGAAAAACUGUGGAGUCCACCGAUGGCGGAGGAAAAUUUUGUAAAUUUAUUAUGUGACAUUUGUUAUCGUACCUUGGAGUUGCUGCACGUACGUCCCGAUAAUCGCCACAUUGUGGAAACCAUUUUUCAAAUUUUCGGCACUGCCAUCAAACGUUAUCAACAUGCCAUGAAUUUUCCCGUGCGCAUAUUACAAAUUUUACGCACCACCGAACAUGCUGGCGUUUCCAUAGCCAAUGGCAUUAAUGUGCUGCACGAGGAAUACGGCAUAACAAGUAUAUUUUCGGUGUUAAUUAAAGAAAUUGUCGAGUGUUUAACUUUAGAUUCAGCUGACACCGCUAUAUCACGUAAUUUCUCUAACUUUCUUAUGGAACUGGCUUCCAUAGCACCCAAACUAAUGAUACCCCAUCUCUCGACACUUUGUGAUGAAUUGUUAAAUUGUGAGUCGCAUGUUUUACGCAAUUGUAUUUUACAAAUUAUGGGUGAUGCUAUAGUGGGCGAAUUGACGUCCGAGGAAUUGUCGGAGGAAUUGAAAGAGGCACGUAAUGAAUUCUUGGAGAAUCUGCUAAUGCAUAUUAAUGAUGUUUCAGCUCAUGUUAGGGCUAAAGUUUUGCAAAUUUGGCAUCACAUGAAAGAAGAUCAGGCCGUACCACUAACAUUUCAAAUAAAAGUAUUGUGUGAGGCUGUAGAAAGACUGGAUGAUAAAACCUCUUCGGUUAGGAAACAUGCAGUGCAAUUGAUUAAGGCUUUUCUGGAGAGAAAUCCCUAUUCAGCAAAGUUGACUUUGGCUGAAUUACAUCAAAAACACGAGGAAGAAGUGCAAAAAAUGGAAAAACUAACGGAAUUGUUGGGAGAAGAACGUAAAAAGGCAGAGGAAUUGGAAGAAAAAUGGAGUUUGGUUAUACCAGAGAUAUUGCCCUUUGUAGAGGAAAGCAUAAGGGAACACAAUGCACCACCAGAAACACAAGAGAAUUAUGAAGAUUUAGUGCAACGUAUUUCUACUAUGCUGCUGGAAAAGAAUUACAAAGAAGCGGUGGUUUUGGUUAGAAAAGCAGAUCAUGUGGCAGGCAAUUCAGAACUCAGGCUGUCUUUGAGGCAUGAAGAACAAUGUGCCUACUAUAUGGCUUUGCUGAAAUCCUAUAUAUUCCUGGCUAAUGGUUGUAAAGAUAGUAAUGAGGAACUGGGCACCCAAAUAAAAACUGUACAAUUUUUACAAGAUUCUAUAGAAUUUUCGAAAGUUGUUUCCAGGGCCAUGCCUAAAUUACAGGAAAUGUUAUUAUCCAAAACCAAUUCAGAUGUUUAUGAGGCUGUGGAUCUCUUUACCACGGGUUAUAUGUUUGGCAUUAAAGGCACCGAGAAUGGCAUGAGACAAAUGCUGUAUUUGGUGUGGUCUUCGGAUAAAGAGAAACGUGAUGCUGUCUCAGAUGCCUAUAAAAAGGUGUUAUUCACCACCGAUCAAACUGGCAGAGCUCAUGCCUUGCGUGUGGUACAAAAUCUCUCACGUUUCCUGGAGGGCUUGGAGUAUGGCCACUACACCGCCAUGGAGUGUUUGGUUAAAGAAUGGGUAAGCAAUGAAGACAUUGAUGGUCUCAUCAUACAGUUACUGUUUGAAAGAUUUACUUUAAAACUUGAGGGCACCACCGAGAAUGAGUCACGCUUGGCUUUACAGCUGCUCAUUAUGUGCUCCAAUGCCAAAUCAUCUAUAGCCUCGGCUAAUAUACCCAUAAUUGAAACGAUUGGUUUAGGUCCGCGUGGCAAAACCGAUCCCCGUAUUUACACCAGUUGUUUAGAGUUUCUCUUGAACUCCAUUGAUCAAACUUUAAGCUCUAAGUACUACAAACGUUAUGAGGUCGACUCGGCCAUAGUGCUUAAAGUCACCGAUAUGUUUAUGAAAUUCUUUUUUCAUCCCCGUGUGCCCGAUUUCGAUAAGUUGGCCAUGAAAACAUUGCAAUUCUAUUAUACCUUGUGUCAGACACCAGAUGUGAUUUCACAAAACAUUGUGAUUGAAUUAAUGAAAAAGUUUAAAGCCUUCUCAGUGAAAUUAUGUGAAAUAACCGCCUCCCAGCAGGCUCAAGCCCUUGAGACACCAUUCUCUCAACAAAUACCCGAAACACAAGCAGCCACCCAGGCACACUCCCAGACCAUAAUGCCAACACAGCAGCCAAGUGAUAAUGAGGCAAAUACAACACAAAUGCGUAUGCCGGUGUUUUUGCUAACGCGUUUCAUUUUCAUUAUUGGCUAUAUGACAUUGAAGGAGAUGAUCUUUUUGGAUAUAGAUGUGUACAACAAUAUGAAAUAUCGCCAGGAGUUGACGGAGUGUGAGGAGAAGAAAAAGAAAAAUGCCUUGAAUGCCUUCAAUCAUAAUAGACGUAAGACGGGAAAUUUGAAUAUGUCGGCCACGGAGUCGUUGAAAAGACUGUCGGGAGCAGCAGCGGAACCACAACAAGAGCCCGACGAAGAUCUUGUUGGUGCCACGGCCGAGGAUAAUAUCGCCGAACUAAUCAAUCACAUCUGCGAAGAAGUCCUAAUAUAUGGUGAAAAUUCUUUACUGGCCAAAAUUUUCCCUUACGUCAUGGAAAUUUGUAAAUAUCCGGCCAAAUAUCGUGAUGCCUCCCUGCAGCAAGCUGCCACUCUGGCCCUAAUACGUUUUAUGUCUGUGUCCACUAGAUUUUGUGAGGCCAACAUGCCCUUCCUAAUGAACAUACUCAAUCACACGAAAAACAUAAAAAUCAAGUGUAAUAUUGUCAUAGGUCUAUCGGAUUUAACUUUUCGUUUUCCCAACAUAAUUGAACCCUGGACGGGACAUUUCUAUUCGACUCUGCACGAGGAAGAUAACGAGCUGAGAUUGACGGCAGUGAAAAUGUUGUCGCAUUUGAUUUUGCACGAAAUGAUACGUGUCAAGGGACAAAUAGCCGAUUUGGCCAUGUGUAUAGUGGAUCCUCAUGCUGAGAUUAAAAAUAUUACCCAACAAUUCUUUAAGGAAAUUGCCAAUAAAUCGAAUAUUUUGUAUAAUGUUUUACCCGAUAUCAUUUCGAAAUUGAGUGAUACCGCUUUGAAUUUGGAAGAGGAGAAAUAUCACAUCAUAAUGCGUUACAUUUUGGGUUUGAUACAGAAAGAUCGUCAGGUUGAGACUUUGGUGGAGAAAUUGUGUCUACGUUUCCCCGUCACCAGAGAGGAAAGACAAUGGCGUGAUAUUGCCUACUGCCUGAGUUUGUUGUCGUACAAUGAGAAAACCAUUAAGAAACUAACCGAUAAUAUACAGUAUUACAAGGACAAAGUGCAGGUGGAUGAGGUUUAUCAAUCGUUCAAACUGAUCAUUAGUAACACCUCGAAACUGGCCAAACCUGAACUCAAGACUGCUGUACAGGAAUUGGAGACCCGCAUUAAUGAGUGUUUAAAAGUAUUUGAUCCCAAUGAGGAGAAAAAUAGCAAUGAAGAAAAUGAAAAAGAAAAUGCUCCUAGUGGCAAUAAUAAUCACAGGGCCAAUAAAACCAAAACGAAAUCAUCAAAAACUUUAAAUAAAACCUCAAAUAGAAGAGGUGGUCGUGGUAGAAAUAGACAAAAGUCAUCUUCUGAAGAUAAUUCAGACUUUUCUGAAGAUGAAGCUCCCAAAAAAUCCUCCAAUAAAUCGAAAACAGUAAGAGGAAAGAAAACCCAAGUCUCAUCGCAAAGUGAAUCCUCUAGUGAUUCGUCUAGUGAUGAGCGUCCUCCUCAAACUGCCAAAUCAAGCAAAAAAUCCUCGUCUUCAAAUACUACCAGCUCUUCCUCACGUCGAGGUGGCACAUCACGCAGCAAAGUUAUCCAGGAAACUGGCAGUUCAGAAGAAGAUGUACCGCAACGUAAACGUGGCCGUAAUCAUAAAUAGUCUAGAUAAUAUUCAUUAUUUGUGUCUUGGCAUAUUUUUUGUUUAUUUGUAUUAAACGGUUUUUUUUAUAAAUAAAAUUUUACAUAAUUUGAUGAAAA